GCCGCCUUAAAAUAACUAUUGAUAUCAAGUAUCAUCGUUCGCAGAUGGAACCAAUAAUCCUGUAAAGAGCAAAACAAUGAGAAUCUUUAUCACAAAACUCGGAAAGUUUAGGAAAGUUAGAAAGUUUUAAAAUUGUCAACCAUAACUUUAAUUGUUUGUUUUAUUGUUUUGUUCAGUUUUUAUUUCUUUGUCAUCUUUCUCUCUUUCUAAUUACUUCUGUCCCUGUUUCUUGAGUGGUCAACGAGACUCAUCCAUUUUCAUCGUUACAUUCAAUACUUUUCAUUAAGUUUUUUAUCUCAUCAUGAAUGGUCCAGUUACUAACACAGAGCAGCCAGGAAUUAGCCACUUAGGAGUGUAUCAAAAUUGUUUCAAUAAAUUCAAAGAUGGAUAUGACACCCAAAAUAAUGGCCAAAACUAUUUUGUUGGCUCCAACCAAGUUAACUUUGAUUCCUAUUCCUCUGAAGGAUAUAAUGAUUAUAUCAACACACCAGAUGCUUGGAAUGGUUCGACUGCUCAAAAUUAUAAUUCAUAUUGUAACCAAUCUCACCAACUUAAUCCAACUUUACCCAUCAAUGUAUCGGCUCUUCAAGGAUCUGAAGGAACUGGUUCCUGGUCAACAUCUUUCAAUGGAUACAUGGAAGAACGAUUGGAUGAUGCCAUAGGUGUUCUUCAGAAACAUGCAGAAAGCUGUAGCUACUCUCCUCAGAUUGAUUGUGAUGUGCCGAGUCUAUCAUUCCCGAAUCCCAGUCAAAGCAAUACCCUUAACGUUACACCAUUAAGUGUUCAACCUCAUGUUCUGAACAAUAAUAAAGAAGAAGACUUUAAACCAGUAAAAGUUAUCCGGAAGAAGAAGAUUAAUCGUAAAAAGGAACCCAACAAUAAUAAAAAAUCAGCCUCAGGAUAUGCACAUUUUUUCCGAGAACGUCAAGCUCGUAUCAAAGAGGAAAAUAAAACGGCAUCAUUCGGUGAAAUAUCCAAAAUCGUUGCUUCUGAAUGGGAAGCUCUGUCGAAUAAUGAAAAGGCUGUCUACAAGAGGAAGGCUGAGAAUGAAAAAAACAAUCAAUUUAAGGACAUUGCCUUAAACCAUGCUAUGGCCGUUGCUGGUAUUAAGUAAAACUUUCAAAAUGUUCCGUAUUUUCAUGAUUAAUAUUGAUAAUAACAGCUUCUAAAAAUCUUUUUUUUGUGAAAUUUAUUAAAAAAUUCAAACUAAUUAUCAUUCAAAUCCA